AUACGCGAAGCCAAAUAAAUGGGAUUUUUUCUCGUAAACGGAGACAUUGAGAUUUCAUACAUAAUCAGUGCACAAAUGAUUCUUGAGAAUCUAUUAGCGGAUUCCACUUGGUAAGAAGCUUUCUAUUACAGAUUUUAUUUUAUUUGUAAUUCAUAUGCAAUCUCUUGAUUUCCUUUUUCCUCUCAUUCCUUUGUAUUUUUUUGUUUGAAAUCUAACUUCUUCUUUUGCUCUUUCCCUCACCCCUUUUUGGUUGGUUGAGGGGGUUGAAAUUUUAUGCACAGAAUGAAGCUACUCUUCCUGAAUUUGUUAUUUGCUAUGUUUAAAUGGCUUCUUUAGUUUUCCCCUCUUUCUUCCUUAAUUUUUUUUAUUGAAUUUCUCGACAUCUGGGCAUUUUUGCUGAGAGGGCUUCCUCAAUUGUGAGAAUUUAUAAUGGGAUGGCUUACAAAAGCUUUAAUUUUUAUUCCUAUUCUGCAUUUAUUAUUGAGAGCAGAAGUUGAUUGUUUGUAGCAGUUGAUCGCGAAUCGAAGCGGCCGAGCCUAGUUUUCUCAGGCUCUGCGGUUUCUGUUAAGAUACAAUGAACAAUCAAUAUGGAGAAGAUCAAGAUCGAGUGAAUGUUGCUGGAUUUGAUGUCCCUAAUUCACCAGAAGCAAGUUACAACAAUGUCUACCCUGGAAGGGACGAUGACGGGCGAGAACCACCCAUGCUACCGCCCCACCUGCAGCACACCUUGUUAAAUUAUAAAAGGAAUAGUGAUCCCUGUGCAUCAUCCCUCCCAUCGCCACAGAAUGUCACUCUAAAUCAUCUCUACAUUGAGAACAGAGAGCCUCCAAGAUCGGUGGUCGCGCUCGGUGUUUCCCAUCGCUUUCGUUCAAAAUUUGUCACUGUGGUGCUCUAUAAACCUGUUCCAAGGAGGUGAAAAAGGCGGCAGGUGAUUUGCAUGAUGACUUCUCGUUCUUUUGCUCGUUCCUGUAUCUGCGUUGAUUAUAGCGUGCUAUUCCCGUAGAAGCUGCCUGCUAUGCCCUGAUUCCUCUCUUUUCCGUAUAUAUAUACUUAUUUACCAAAGGACACAUGCUGAACUUAUGAAUUCAUUUGUCUAGUUGCUUGCUCAAGCUUCGCUGUCUUUUUCUGGUUUAUUUUUGCCUUACAUAAUAUACAUAGAGAUCAUAUUUGUUGAUAAGUUAAACUCGAAAUGUUAUUGUCGUGUAUUUGUGAAUGAUCAGGAAUCUAAUGUGAUGCAUCUUUUUCUUUUA